AUGGCUACUUCACUGCGUGAUAACGAAUGUGUGCAAAUAUUUAUUCCAUGGCGCUUACACGCUUCGAUUUUUCAAGUUUUCAACGAUUUUUCGGAUCAUGGAAGACUGUACUAUGAAGGUUUCAGAACGAUGCUCCUUUCUGCUAUUAGUAGUUACAAAUUAUCGUCCUAUCAUUUGGAUAACAUAUUUAGUCAGGUCAAGAAUGGCAGGAAUUUCAUUGAUUUUGAGCUAUUUCUUUUGGCAAUCGAGAAACUAUCUAUGUUUAUUGAUAAAAAAAAUGAUAAAAUUCUAAAUAACAUAUUGUAUAGUGUCGGAAACUUUUAUAAGGGGUUAAACGAUACUGGGAAUUUAGAUGUUUGCGAUCCGAACUACACACGUGUUUACAAAAAUUCAAGUCCAAUGGACAUGCCAAACAAACUUACGUCACAAGAAUCGUUGGAUUUACUUACUCAGUACCAAUCUAUUAAUAUCGGUGUCAAAUACAAUUUGAAUAAAUAUGAUACGAUAACGACGGAUAUUAAACAAAAGAAUCAUGUGUCAAACAAUAUCUCCAAGUUGUUAGAUACGAAAAUUAACGUUGCGGAGACUGUAAAACAGGAUGUUUCUAAAAAUACAGUUGAAGCAGCGACCAGUACCAGAAGCAUCGAGCCUAACAAUAACAAUUUUUUAGAAAAGCUUGAAACACUUGAUAAUGUAUUUAAGAAUACUCAGUUGCUACGAUUAGAUCUUGAUAAGAUGACUCAAAAUUACAUGUCUCUAAAGAAUUCUGAGGAAGUGUGGGGAAAAAUGAACAAAGAUUUAGAGAAUGAAAAAUCAUCCUUACAUGAGAUGAUUGAGUCAUUACUCAGUGAUAAAAAGAAUCUAUCAGAUCUAAUAGAAAAGUUGGAUAAUGACAAGAAUAACCUAAAGUCACUUCUAGAAAAAAAGGAAAAGGAAGUUGAAAUUAUUAAAAAUGUCAAUAUAGAUUUGUUAUCACUAGAAAAAAUGCUGGCCUUAGACUCUCAUGAGGAUACUACUAUAUUCCUCGUGUUUACUUAUUAUCGCAAAUUGGAUCCAACAUCUGGCACUUGGGUUAUUGAUGAGAAUUCUAUCGUAGAUUUUGUGUUCGACUAUGGGCUGGUUGAAGAACACCCUGUGGAGGAAGGUACACUGCUACGUGCAAAACUAGCGUUUGAGAAAGCGUCAAAUGAUUCGAAAAAUUUAGAUUUUAUCCACUUCAAAUUGUUUUUGGCAGAGUAUGGCAGAAUGGCAUUUAUGGAGGACGAUGCCAAUAGGGCAUUAAAACUUACAGUUGAAAAAGUUAUAGGGGAGAGCUACUUAGACGCGGAUAUAAGAAAUCAUAAUUGCAGUUAUCAAUUGGAAUUUCAACCGGAUGAAUCACAGGCCGAUAAUUCAAUGCCUGUACAAGGGACUUUGUGGUUUCAAUAG